UCGGCUGCUCGAUGUUCGAGCCUCCGAAAGGCGGGUGACGAGCAAAGGGGUGGUGGAAGGCGAGACAAAGAACGAAACUGAACGACGAGAAAGAUGCAAUCGUAACGAACCACGUAUAAAGAAGCCCCGAUACCCGGACACUGCGACACUUUUUCAUUGUGCACCGGCAAACGAUCACCGAAAAUCGCAACAGACAUGGUCCCGCGCAACGUUUCCGUCAUUUUUUCCUCUCUCGUGUUUCUCGUCGCCGUUGUCCACUGUAUCUCCAAGGAAUACAAUAAUUUCGCCGAUGUCCCUUGCGGUCAAGGAAACAUUGCCACACGUACGGCGAGACUCGUUGGAGGACAAAAUGCAAUUCCUCACGAAUUCCCUUGGAUGGUGAGCAUAAGCAGAAAAGGCGGACACUUUUGCGGCGGUACCAUACUUAAUUCAAGAUUCGUCCUGACUGCAGCCCAUUGCCUGUGUUCAGGGAGUUCUAUAAUCCCCACCGGUCAAUUACGGAUCAGCCUCGGCGAGUACAAUCUGAAGGGGCCGGAAGUGCCAGCGUCGAAGGAAGAGAGAGUGACGAACGUUAUCCUGCACUCUGGCCACAAGUGCGGAAAAUACGUGGACGAUAUUGCCCUUCUGGAACUUGCAAGGCCAAUCGCUUGGUCGGAGAGCGUGAAACCCGCCUGUUUACCUGUGGCCACAGGGAAACCAGGGUAUAGCGCCUUCGGCGGGGAACUCGCCAAGGCUGCUGGAUGGGGUUGGUUCGGCGAAGACAGGUCCAAAUAUAAACGAGCGGACGUGUUGCAGAAAGUGGAGGUUCGCGUGAUCGAGAACAACGUAUGUCGCGAAUGGUACGCGAGUCAGGGAAAGUCGACCCGCGUCGAGUCGAAGCAAAUGUGCGCCGGCCACGAAGAAGGUGGCCGCGACUCUUGCUGGGCUGAUAGUGGUGGACCUUUGAUGAUCGGAAGUCAAGCCGAUGGUAACAUAAUGGUGGUGGGGGUGGUCUCAUCAGGAGUGGGUUGCGCUCGACCACGACUUCCAGGUGUAUACACUAGAGUCUCGGAAUACAUACCCUGGAUCACGCAACACGUACGAUGAAACGAAACUCGAAGCUUUCCAUUCGCUUCACUUUCCGCGCAAUGGUCUGUAUAGACUUCGAAACGCAUUUUCUCUUCGUGUAUUUAAAGAGAAAGAUCGAAGUAGCAUAAGAAGAUCGAUCUUGUCAAAUAUGUAACGUAUUCUUUUCGUUGAAGAAAUUUCGAAGCUAGAAACCGAUGCUUGAAUUAGUCUUAAUGGAGAUUCUUAAAUUAUUAAAAACUUACUUUAAAAGAUAGAUGUAGAAAACUAAUAUAAAGUAUAAGACGUGAUUUGUAAUACAAAUUUCGUUGAUCGCAACAAGACUAUAUAGAUUUAUAGAAUAAAGUUAUUAAUUAAAUUUAGCGAAGCCAUUGUUGUAAGCAUAAAUAAUUUAUGAAAUUCGUCUCUUUAUCUAGUCAAUACUUGUAUUGCAAUUAUAUCAGAUAAGAUAUUAUAUAUUAUAAUCAAACUGCCACGAAAGUAUUGUAAUUUAAUAAUAUAAUUAACACGUAAUUAUAUACAAAAUUUACAUUUUAAUACGAAUUGAUCCAUCGAAUACAUCAUAAUACAUAUCACAAAUUAUAUUCUUCUUUGUUUCCUUGGUCUUUGAGGGUUCCACGAUACUCUAGUGUCGUCUGUGAUAGAAACAACUUGUAGGUUUGAUAGCUGAAGACCUUUUAUAGCACCCUGAAUGGAUGUAAAAAUAGUCAUUGAAAGAAUAUACACGCAAAAUGUUCAAAAAAUUUGAGAUAGGCCAUUUUACUUUUUUUGAAGGAUACUAUACGUUGUUAAAGGUUGACCCUACCUUUUUAAAAUAUUUUGUAUAUUUUGACAAAAAGAUUUAACUUAUGCAUUUCACCUACCAUUCUGCCGGGUCCAAUUCCCUGUACUCUCAAUCUGACUAUCUUGAUACCACUUUUAAGAAUACGCUAUGAAAAUAUACAGCACGUUAAAAGAACAUAAAAAGUUACGAAAAUUUGAGUAAACAUAUCAAGAAAUUUUUCUUACUGUUCCAAAUGUAAUUGCAGCUUGUUGCGCUGCAAUGUUAGUACCCUUCUUUGUAUUUUUAAAACCUUCUAUUCCAGCCGAAUGUAACAUCUUUCCCAUUCCUAUAAAAAUAUCACUGAUUACGAUAGAAUUAUACAAAUGAUAUCAAUGAAACAAUAUUUCUAUAAUAAAACUUUCCUUUAUGAUCAGUAAGUGACAUUAUUGUGUUGUUAGGAGUUGACUUAACAUUAAUAAUAUGUAAGUGAUCGUAUUUUAUACCAUCAAAGAGCUCAUACGGCGUAGAAGCAUUAGGAAAUAAUUUCCUGAAAUAGACAUUUUGUAAACAUUAUAUUAGACUAAUAUGCGUAGCUAUCUACAAGAAGAUACAACAUAUUACACAAAGCUAUGAUGUAAAUGUGAUGCUCGUGCAGUAUGAAAUUAAAUAUUUACGAUUCAUUUA